AUGGGAUUGGCAAUGGCUCCUUAUCGUCAGGCCCCAGGCCAACUGAAGGAAGAGCCAAACGACUCUCAUCAUCCCCACCACCCGCAGCAGCAGGGUCAAGCACCCUCACAUAUACAGCCACAUCCUCGACCAUCGAGCAUUGUGCAGCAGCAUCAUCCCCACGCUCCUCCCCAGCAGCCGCAACAUUCUGCGGCGUACUCGUCGUAUCAGCACAAUCAGCAGCAAAAUCAGACUAGCGGCGGGCAGCAUACCCAGGACCUAGGUUAUUACGCUCACCAGAGCCCAUACAGCACCCCAGGUGCCACUAGCGGGUAUACAUCCGCAGAACCCCGUCCCCACGUUGGUGCACCCAUUGACACGCGUGUUGCCGUAGACACAUCAGAAAUGAUGGCCGCCGCGAUGCCCAGACCACCCUACCCACCCAUGUCUUACCACACGCCACAGUCCAACUCUCCAGCUUCUGUCGCGUCACCAUCUGGCCAUGAUCAACAAAGGAGCAUGUACGGACAACCUACAUCUCAGCUUCAUCAGCAGUCCAUGUACUAUGGACAGCAAACAGCUCAAUACCCGCCGAUGCCGGCCCAGGCCGCGCAGUCGCCCUACGGCCAGCACCCGCAACAGUCGCACCAGAACAUGACCUCACAACCGAGCAUGAUGAUGUCGCACAACAACGCUGCCCAGCACCAGAUGAGCCAGCAUGGUCACUCAACUCAGCACGCCCAAAGCGCCAUGACUGGAAGUCCGAGGCACCCCAAGAUCGAGACUCACAGCAUGCCGCCACAGCUUUCACGCCCUGGACAGCAGCAGCCCAUGACACAACAACCACAGCAGAUGAGCCAACAGUCCUCAAUGCCCCAACAGCCGCCGAUGAACCAGACUAUGGGCCAGUCACAGCCCGCGCAAAACGGAGCUCCAAUGCAGAAUGCCUCCAACGUCGGCAGCGGCGCGGCGGGAGUGAACCCGAACGCAGCUCCCGGCCCAAUCCCAGCCACUACACCUUUGGUAGUGAGACAAGAUCAAAAUGGCGUUCAAUGGAUUGCAUUCGAGUACUCUCGCGACCGCGUCAAGAUGGAAUACACCAUCCGCUGCGAUGUCGAGUCUGUCAACACGGACGAGCUGUCUGCUGAGUUCAAGCAAGAAAACUGCGUAUAUCCCAGGGCGUGCGUGGCCAAGGAGGCAUAUCGUGGUAACCGUCUGCAGUACGAGACGGAAUGUAACACAGUCGGUUGGGCGCUUGCACAGCUGAACACACCGCUGCGGGGCAAGCGUGGCCUGAUCCAGCGUGCUGUGGACAGCUGGCGUAACAGCAACAGGGAUCCGCGCCUACGAAGCAGGCGCGUUCGUCGCAUGGCCAAAAUGACGACACGAAAGACGAACCCUAUGCCUGCUGGCCAUAUGGCUGGUGGUCCCGGGGGACCCGGCGGUCCGGCAGGGAUGCCCGGCGGCCCCGGAUCUAUGGGCCCCGGUGGCGGCAUGGGUAAACCCAUCAUGAACAGCAUGGGUCAAAUGCAACAGCACCACCACCACGCUGAUGGUCACGGCCAGGAGGGCGGAGAAGUCGGGGAUGGAGACUCCUUCUCUGAUGACCAACAUCAUCACCACCACCAUCAGGCCCCGCCACAGACUGGCGGUAGCCAGGACGAUGUCCACCCCUCGCACCAGUUCAGUGGAUAUGGGGGCUACCAGAGUGGCGCACCCUCGGGGUCGUCGUCGAUGCCUUCCAUCCACGACACCCUUCACCAUGGCAGCGGUCAUAACUCCUCCAGCAGUGGCGCCAUCGCUGCUCGGCGUCACAGCAGGGCUGAUGCGGAGGAACCCGAUGACCUUUUCCCCGACAUCCCCGAGGCAAAGAAACGUAAGUUCAUUCUUGUCGAGGAUAGCGACCGGCAAUCCCGUUUGCGGGUACGCGUCACGCUCGAUGGCGUCGAUACACGCGAGAUCCCCGACAGCUUCCGCAAGAACAGCUCGGUAUAUCCGCGCUCUUACUUCCCGCGCGAGAUGCAGAGUCCCCCGCCCAGCGCGACCGGGUCCAAGUUCUUUCAGGACGACCUGAGUGACGACCCUGGAGCCGAGGAUGACGGCACCACCGACACAGAGGGUCGUAGGGCUGCAAGAGGCUCAAGGGCCAAGGCUAUGGUCCGUGUUCCCAUGGUGGAUGGAUCCGAGGGAGAGGUCGCCAUUCCCCGUAUGCGCAGGGGUUUCCGUGGAAAGGAGGUCCGCCUCAACGAUCUUGGAUACCGUAUGGCUUGGCUCCAGAGUCGUGUGUUUGCUGGAAGAACCAUCUUCCUGCAGCGAGCUUCUAAUCAGAUCUGGUUCUUCUCGCCAGUGGACUGCUACCGUAACAAGACGCGAUCUGCCAUCGAGUCCCUCAUGCAAGACGUCAAGACAGUCAGCCCUCACUUUGAGACUCGCGUUGGCAAGCGCAAGUGGAACGAGCGGAUGCGCCGCAGUGAAAAGAAAGACGAUACCGAAUCUUCGUGA